AUGUUAGGGAAAUCCCAAAGAGAAGUUGUUAGUUCGUUGGAUCUGAAUACAUCAAAUGUUACUUAAUAAUAAAAUCAAAUUGUAUUCAAUGGAAUAAUCUUAAAACCUAAUUCCCCAAGAACAAUUUAAGCAUGUCAGAAGUUAGGAAUAGAUUUAGGCAUUUUCUAAAUAAAGUAAAAUGAUAUUAUAUAUUUUUAGAGAUCUUAACAAUUUUCGUACUAAUGAUUGUUACAGUGAUGAAAUUCUAUAAUUACGAUAUGAACAUUACGUUAAUAAAACAAAUUGUAAAGAUCAACAUUAUUUUAGAAUUAUUGAAUGAAAUAUUUUAGAAAAGAAAAGAAAUCAUACGAAAAAAUAGAUAACGUUAAUUAUAAUGUGCUUCAAUUGAGUCUCUUGAAAGAUCAGUUUCUCUUAAAUAAGGUUCUACUAUUGAUUAAUUAGAGUAUGUAUUAUAUUUUUUAAAUAUCUCUAGACUGAAAAAACAAAUGGAUUAUGCUUAUAAUAAAACUUUAUAAUAUUUGUAAUAAUAGGGAUUAGUUGAAGGAAAUGUUACAUAAAUGAUAGGGGAAUGUUAGGAUGUUGCAGAGUUGGAAGGGGGAUUAAAUAAAGAAUUAUCAAGAUAUAAUAAACAUAAAAUUUAGAAAAUAGUAUUUAAUAAAUUUAUCUUAGAGAGAAGCUUAAAUUAAAUUAGAAGAAGAUAAAAAGAGAGUUGAACUAUUAGAAAAAAUACAGGAAAGAGAUUAAAGAAUAGUUCAGGUCAUGAGUAAAAAAUAAUAAGAAAUGAAGGAGAAAUAUAGUUCAACUAAGAGAGGUGAAAAUAAAAGAAUAGAUACUUAGGAAAUGGAGAUAAAAUCUUAACCUAGAGAGAGUGAAGCACAAAAAAAUAUAUAAUAAUAAUCGUAAGUGUAAAUUAAUAUUAAGAAAUAAUGAAAUUAAAAGUAAAAUGUUAAUGAAAGGUGAUGAUUAAAAAGAGAAGAAAAAAAGAGAAUAAGUUUUAUUAAGAAAGGAAGAGUUUGAAAAAUAAAUUGAUAUUGAUUGUCAAAUGUAAAUGGCUAAGAUACAAUAAAAAUUAGAAAAUAGUGAGAAAAUGUAAAGAGAAUUAAUCUAAAAUAAAAUUGAAAAAAUAAAAGAGUAAAAUCUUAAAGAGCAAUAAAUUAUGAAAUAACAAAAAUAAGUUAAAGACAAGAUAUCAUAAGAUCAUAUACAUUAACUUUUAGAAAAGAUGGUGUAAAAGGAGAAAGAAUUUUAAAUAAACUAAAAAUCAAUUUUAAAUAUAGAAUAAGAAAAAAAAAUAGAAAUUAAAUAAAAAUAAAGAAAGAUUAAAUCUAAUUAAGGAGAUAUUUUUAAAGAUAGAGAGUAAAUAUAGAUUGUAGCUUUUUAGUGAGAAAUUAAAGUAAAUAAACAAGAAGUUUUUAAAGAUAGAAUAAUUUAAUAAAAUAAAAAAAGUAAUUAAAUUAAUCAAUUUAGGAAGAAUAGGAUUAUAAAAUUUUAUUGAAAUAAGAAUUGAGAAAAUUAAAAGAAUAAGAUAAAUAAGAUAUAUUAGAUAGAUAAAAAAGAUAAAAUGAAUAGAGAAUGUUAGAGAUUACAGAAAAAUACAAGUAAGUAGAUGAAAAAAACUAAUUAAAAUAAUAUUAAAAUGUAUUAUUUUUAUUUAUAAUAUUAGACUCUUUUAUAAUAGACAUCUAUGUAAAUAAGCAAAUAGGAAAUAUUGGAAAGAAAUAGAAUCUAUUCACAUUUAUAGCAAAUGAGUGAUAAUCUCUUUAAUAAAAAAGUUAGAAAGCGAAAGUAAUCAAUAAAAUAACAAUUUAGUAUAAGUCAACUAGAAUAAAAUAUCCUCACUAUUAAACCUAAAGUAAAAAAUUAAAAAGAAGACACUGAAUUUGAAGAUCAUACAAGAUUAUUAAUCACAAUGCUCCAAACCUCUGAUGCUGAAGAAACUUAAAAAAUUAAAUAAAGUAAAAGACAUAAUUGA